GCAAAAGGUUCAAGUGCGCAUGUCAUUCUUUCACUGGAUAGCAAAGCGUCAAAAUGGCGGAGUCAUUGAGAAGAUUGGUGAAUAUUGGGACAUUUAAUGUUCUACAGGAAAAAAUAGAAAGAUGGAAUGACAAUUACUAUCUGAACACAUGUGACCAGAAUGUUGCACGAGGUUGCGAGAUUAUUGAGCUCAAUGCCAAGGUUCAGGGCCAGCUCUUCAAGCUUCUCAGUGUCUGCGCACAGGAAGGAGGCCUGUAUGGAGGAACCAGCGCCAUCAAGUCUCGCCUGCUGCCGUUCCUGGGCUCAAGCUUCUUCACAUCAGGCGCGACUUCUGACACAACCCUGAGCAUGCUUGCUGAGGCUACAGCCAAGAAUCGCGAGAUCGAAGAGAUCAAGGACAUGUACGAAGACUCUCUGGCGGAACUCGAGUCAGACAUCCGUGCCAGGGACCUUGAAAACCAGGAUCUCAGGGAUGAACUGGCAGAAACGAAGGACCAGGUGUCGCGCAGCACGAGAUCCGCGAGCACGGACAAACUGUUCCUCGAUAAUGAGAACAGAGAGCUGAGACGGAAACUAGCAGCAGCUGAAGAGGAAUUACGUGGCCUGAGGGCCAAGGCUGGAAUUCUUUCCGACUAUGAUACGCAGGUGCGCCGUCUUCGGGAAGAUAUUGGCCUGCUGACAGGUCGCAGGGACGCCCUGUUACGUAGCUCCGCCACCAUGCGUGAGGAGCUACCCUCCUACAGGCCUGCGACCCCGUCAAAGGCCAAGUCUGAUGAUCCCGGCCUGUCGGGUGACACUCUGGACUCCCUGACCAAAUACCGUUACACGCCCCGCAUCAGCUCGCCCCUCUCCAUGGACGACCCUGUCCAGCGUGUGCGUGAAAGCAACCUGAUCUCACGCUGGAAUGACCUCUUCUCUCAGGACCGCCUAGAUGCCAUGGAUACGCUUCGAUCAUACUCAGCUGACCAUGAGAACAACCAGCGCAUCAUUUUUGAGGCCGUCAAGGAGUCCUUCCAUGUUGCGAAGACUGCAUUCCGGCAGUUUAAAAUGAAGGUGCGUUCUAACCUUGCCAUCACACACUCCGGGCCCGAAACUCUUGAGGAGGCUGUUCAGGAUUACGUCAACCGCAACGUAGACCUCUAUGAUGCUCCCGGCAUGGUCUCGACAUUCAAUGGCAGGGGAACAGUUAGUUUGUGGGAUGUGAUCCGAAAGCUGAACGUGAACCCAAGCAUCUUCCUGCCCCCUGACUCCACCUUCGCCAUCAUCCAGCCAUUCAUCCGUGAAUGUGUCAAAGUCGCCUGGCAAAUGAGCGCCCUAGCCCACCCCCUCGACAUUGCUGUCUCAUCCCGUGCUGAACUCUUCGAUGACACCAAGUACCGCCGCAGCUACGACUCUGAGUACACUGCCCCUCUAGUGAACCACCACAUCUGGCCCGGCCUCAUACAGGGCGCCAUCUGCAGGAUGAAGGGAGAGUGCUGCACGCGCCGUGGAGCUUCCCUGAGCAAUGUGAAAAGGAAUAGUGGAAUGUCUCGGCGUAGCCGGAGCCCAGUCCGUUCCCGCUCGGUGAGCCCGGGCCCACGUUCUCGUUCCCGGUCCCGAUCUGUGAGCCCGACACGUCGCAGUCGGUCCCCGAGCCCCAGGCGAGCAGCUGUCUACUAAGAAGUGGUAAGUAGGAAGAACCAAGCCGCAGCAGUUUUGGAGCUUUGUUGGAGAAGACGGCAGUUCAGUGCUGAAUACAGAAUGGAAAAGUGUUAAUGGACUGACAUUUUGUGUUAUGUUAUUAUUAGUUGUUAUUGUUUAGUUUAUUAUUUUUUUAUCAUAGAAGUUUCUAAACAAAAGCAUUAGUGUGAUAAACAGUUUAAACACAAUUUUAAUGGUUUUAAAAUAAAAAAAGAUGGUUGACGUGAAAGAAAAUGGAUAUUAGCUUAUGGAAUAAUGCAUAAUGCUCUUGGUUUGGAGUCUUUUUGUAUAUUGCAAGAUUUAGCAUGGUUUUCUAUAUAUAUGUAUGUGUUUGUCGAUGUGUACAAUAUUAAUACCAAGGUUUUUGUAGGUUGAUAUACAUAGUGAAUGACAUUGCAUAGUAUAAAAGUGCACUAGUUUUUGGUAUCACGUGAAGUGUUUGAUUGAAAUAGACAUUGUUUGUAUUAGAAAAGUUUUAAACAGGGUUUGUUUAUUUAUUUCUGUUCAUUUCUGACUAUCUUCUUUCUUUUAACAAAAAUAAUCUAAAUUUCUGAAUAGGAGAAAUAUGAAAGUUAAAUUCAGAUAUCUGUGGACAUAAGUAUUGCUUGCUACUAACUUUUAAUAGGCAGUGCUUUCAAAGCACUCGUCAGUGAAUUUCUAAAAUGGGGCCAAAUGUUUGCUGUCAGAUAAUCAGCUCUAAUGUUUUAGUUUGAUGUUUAUGUUUUGCUUUUAAAUUUUAGAAUUACAUUCCUUUCUGUGAUAACCUUCAACUUGAAAUCAUAAAUAUUAUUGCUCUUGUUUUGUUUUAAGAACAUUGAAUGUUAACAAAUUAAAAAAAAAAAAGGUGAGGAUUGAAGCCAAUUUUUUUGUCGAAAAUAAUUUAUUAAUAAGGCUUGUUGGCCCAUUUUAUGCUUGGUUAAUGCCUGAAGAUUAACGCUAAACUUCCUACUCACUUUAUACACAAUGUAUGGGGUUACAUUAUAUAACAAACACUUUCGGUGUACUGAUUGUUGAGUAGGAGUGUUAAGUUCUCAGCCAGCACCACCUCAGGUCUAUACAACUAAGCCCCUGUCAGGGCUGUUUGUCCGUCCGCACCCUGUGAAUGUAUAUAUAGGUUUUCGGGGAAAUUUGCUGUGAUCCGCCUUCGGGCCUGCCCAUGCAUAAUUGGGCUAACAAACACUGGAUGGAAUGAGUUUUGUUAAAGACGGCUCGACAUCAUUGGAUACCAUUGACUGACUCACUCCACUUAUGAAUGGAGUGUUAUCGAAUAAUGGUACAAGAGAAGUUCUUGGAAAUAAAAUACAAGUUUACCGUUGCCCUACUAGUAACGGUAUGCAUUGAACUGCCAGAAAGAUUUAUCAACUGUGUAAGAAGUCCAAGUUCAUCUCCAAACAAAUCAUUAAUACACAUACUUACUGUGAUUUAUUUCCAUUAGUGUUCUGUCAAAACAUUUAUGCAUGGGCAAGAGUUUUAGUAUUUAUUUGUAAAUCAACUGUAUUUACCACAUUAUAUAUUUAUAAUAAAAAGUUUAACAUUU